CACAGCCCAGGGGAUAUAUAUAUAUAUAUAUAUAUAUGGAGGAAGGAGAGGGUGCCAGACUAAGAGAUCUCCAUUAAGGAACCCUGGAAGAACAUCAAUGGCUAUCCCGGCAGGACAUGCAAUACAUCUCUUGCAGAAUGAUGCCCUUUACAAGUAUAUAUUGGAGACAAGUGUUUAUCCACGAGAGCACGAACAACUUAAGGCAUUGAGAGAGGUGACUAAGAAACAAGAGUGGCAUUUCUGGAUGGUGCCUCCGGAGGAAUGCCAACAUCUUUCUGUACUUCUAAAGCUCAUGAAUGCAAAGAAGACACUUGAGCUUGGUGUGUUCACAGGUUAUUCACUCCUUGCGACAGCACUAGCAUUACCGACGGAGGGCAAGGUCACAGCAAUCGACAUUAACAGAUCAUACUUUGAGAUAGGACUACCAUUUAUUCAAAAAGCGGGAGUUGAAGACAAGAUUAAUUUUAUUGAAUCAGAAGCUCUCCCUGCUCUUGAUAAAAUGCUCCAGGAGGUAAAGGAAGGUGAGUUGUUUGAUUAUGCGUUUGUUGAUGCUGACAAAUUAAACUAUGGAGAAUACCAUGAACGCUUGCUUAAACUCGUGAAGAUUGGAGGAGUUAUUGUCUAUGAUGAUAUUCUUUGGUCUGGUCGUGUGGUUGCUCCAGUGGGUACUCCAAUUUCUGAGUUUGAUGCCGAAGUCAGAGACUACUUUUUGAAGUUUAAUGAUUUUCUGGCUACUGACUCUCGGAUUGAGAUAUCACAAGUUUGUGUUGGUAAUGGACUCAACAUCUGCAGGCGUCUUAUCUAAUUAUGUGGUUUGAUUAUACUAAAAAACUUAAACUAUUGGGUGGAGAUCGACCCAAGCUUGUGAAGUAAUGUGGGGCAUCCCAUGACAUGUAUCUUAAUUUACAUUGCACAUAUGAGCAUACUCUGUUUUUUUUUUCUCUUGUUCCAACUUAGUAUCAAAGCUCAGAUUAUUGGA